UCAAGACACGUCAUCAAACUACGACCUGAAGACUAGUGAAGACGCAAUCUUUGUGAGACACUUUGUUGACAUCAUGUCGGCGGUGGAUUUCAGAGACAACCUUCUUGGGAUAUCUUGGGUGGACAGCGGCUGGGUGCCGAUCCUUAAUCCUGGAAAUGUGCUGGACUAUUUCUCUGAGAGAAGCAACCCUUUCUAUGACCGAACCUGUAAUAAUGAGGUAGUGAAGAUGCAGCGGCUCACUCUGGAACAUCUAAAUCAGAUGGUGGGAGUGGAGUACAUUCUUCUUCAUGCUCAGGAGCCAAUUCUUUACAUAAUCCGUAAACAACAGAGGCAGACACCGACACAUGUGAUACCCUUGGCUGAUUACUACAUCAUAGCAGGAGUGGUGUAUCAGGCCCCAGACCUGGGAACAGUGAUCAGCUCCAGAGUGCUCUCUGCCGUCCAUGGGAUCCAGUCAGCGUUUGAUGAGGCCAUGUCAUAUUGCCGAUACCACCCAUCCAAAGGAUACUGGUGGCACUUCAAGGACCAGGAGGAGCGAGAAAAAGCCAAGCCUAAGACAAAGAAGAAAGAGGAACCAAGUUCACUGUUUCAGAGGCAACGUGUGGACACACUCCUUUUGGACCUUAGGUCAAAAUUUCCACCAACGUUUUACCAGCCUAAGCCUGGUGAGAAGCCUAUUCCAGUUGAGGUGAAAAAGGAGCCUGAACCACCCACAGAAACUGUAAAACAAGAGGAGAGGGAACCAGCCACAAAGUCCUCUGCCCCAGCUCCACCAAGCAAACCGCCUCCUGAGAAGAGAGCAAGGCUACAGUGACAGCCACGCCUCUCAUAGUCCGAUAAGAUGGCACAAUGCAGUGAAAAGUCCCACAGCACUAACUGGAAAACAGUUCAGGAUUGGGAGUGUUUCUGUUCCAUUUCCAGAAUUGCAAGAUGGUUUGCUGCUCUGCUCAUUUGAUCAGUUUACAGGAUUCUAAGAAUGAACUGGCACAAAAGUGUCAGUCGCUUGCGUCGGUGCCAGGACUACUUUUACCUCACUGUAACCUUAGUCUUGUAUACUUGAUAGGUUUGGAGUCACGGACAUUUCAGGCAGCUGUACUACGAACAGGGGUUAACUGUUUGAUGGCAGCAGAAGUUCCACAGUGGAUGAGGUUUUUUGAUGAUAAGCUGACAUCAGCGUCAGCGUCAGCUUUCUGUUGACAUCAGCAUAAUGUUUGUGUUUUAGUGACUUCAGAGGACAGUUUAAUUCCUAGUCUGCUUCACAGGGGGGUGUCAUAAUUCAUCAUCUCAUCUGAAAAGAAAAAGGCUUCCUGACCCAGACUCCUGUCUUUAAUUACAAACACUUUCAUCGGUGUCUGAAAGCAACACUCUGCUUUUGUGGGUUUUUGUAUUAAAAUGUAUCAGCUAUUGUAUCCUGAUGUGUUUAAUUCAUGACAAGUAACAGUUUUCAGUCUUGCUUGAUCAGUUUUUCCUAUUACGAGAGCAUUCAUUUUCUUCUUGACCCAUAAUCAAGAACUCAUAACUCAAAGCCUUUAUUAUACAUGUCAUGGCUUUUUUCCUUUUCUUUUACCUGUGGUUAAAGGUAGCCUGGACUUUGUUUGUAGUUAUCCUCAAACCAAAAUGUAUUAACCAACUUGUAUUCGUUUAUCCAUUGGCUGUCGAUGGGUAGAAUACCGAGCGGAUAUGCAGAUACAUCUACAUCUCUGAUUCUCCUUUAGAAACCUCUGUAAUCUGUUUGCAGAUGGAAAGAAAAGUACAAGGUUUAUUCCCCGUUGCUGUUUGGCUCUCUUGUUGACUUGCCCGUUUCAGUAGUGGAAAGCAACUUUACUCAACUACUGUGUUUAAGUAAUUUCCUAAAGUACUCGUACAUUACCUGAUUAAAUCCAUUUCAUGUUACUUAAUACUUCUACCCCACUACAUUUCAGAGGGAGAUAUUGUACUUUUUACUCUACUACACUUAUCUGACAGCUGGAGUUACUGGCUAAUUUACAAACAGACAUUUUGCAUUACAAAAGCACAUGACAAGUUUCUAAAACAAUGCAUUGUUAAAAAAAUGAAUCCAGCGGUUCCCAACGUUUUUGGCUUGUGAUCCCUUCUAUAAAAAAACAAAGCAGUUUCUAGUGGGGGCCCCUUGUCAUGUUUCAGAUGUCCAUGAGUUGUUUGCAAUUCUACCAAAGAGUGAUUUCCCCUCUAAACUUCUCAGAAGGCUUCUUUGAGAUAACUGCUAUUUGUCUGAUAUUUCACAACAAAAGCAGAGAUUGGGAAUACAAAAAAAAACAUGAACCAUUGUUUUUGAUUCUUUCCUGUACCACUUUUCAUUUCACGACCAAUCUGGCUAACCACUGGAUGGGGCCUACCAAAACUGAAUAUAAAAAGUACUCAGCCUACAGCUACAACAAUAAAAUUCUGCGUAGACACUGAUGCAUCGGUAUUAACAGUCUAAAAUGUCAUAUAUAUUAAUACCUCAGUCACAGGGGAUUUUUUUUUCUGCAGAACAGUACUUUUACUUUUGAUACUUGAAGUGCAUUUUUGCUGAUAUUGCACUUUUACUUCCGGAGAGCCCGGGAUGCAGGACUUGGAGUAUUUUUACAUUGUUGUUUUGGUACUUCUACCUGUAGCAACGGAGGAUCUGAGUACCUCCUCCAGCUCCGAUGGUCAUGGGCGUAUCUCAUGGUCUCCGUGAAAGCAGCAAAUGAAUUUUAAAAACGGGAGAGUUUCAUCGGGAGGUGUCGCCAUUUGGUCACAUUUGGUCCGGUUGCCUAGUAAUACAUGUCGUUUCGUGCAUUUGUGCUCCCUGCCAUCGCUGUGUUGAGUCAUGUCCAGGUCAGAUGU